AUGGCGGCUCUGGUUUACCAGAUUUUCUCUUCGUCGGCGCUGAUGUCACAGGGUCUGUACCACCUCAUCUGCACCACCAGGAACCACCUCAAAUCCCCCCGCGACUACGCCGCAAAACCCUACCACCCCCUCCCCUCAGCCGGCGGCCACCACCACCAACACGGCAGAUUCCUCCGCCACCUCCAGCUCUACCUCAUCAUCCUCUGCCUGCUCGUCGCCCUCAUUCACCAGCUCCUCGUAUCUUCCUACGCCGAUCCCCUCCUCAAGGGCCGCACCCCCGUCCACCUCUUCACUUCACUCCAGUCCGCCGCCGUUAUCUUCUGCUUCAUAGUCCUCUCCUCCGCCCUCCUAGUCUCCGACGCCACCUCCCUCCUUCCCCUACCCUCCGAUCUCUUCUUUGCGGUCGCCUCCGCCCUCUUCUUCCUCCAAUACUCCAUCUCCACCUCGUCCUCCGCCGUCCAGACAUCCGAUCUCCAGGCCAGAUGUACCUCCACAUCCGCUCGCAUCUCCGCUCUGUCGUCUGCCCUGUGCCUGGUUCUCGCCUGCCGCUCCAGAUUGUUUGUGGCCGAUGCUGCCCUUGGAGCCUCCUUCUGCCUGCAGGGGCUGUGGGCCCUGCAGACGGGUCUAUCCCUCUAUGUCGACGCCUUCAUCCCUGAGGGCUGCCACAAGCUCCUGGAUGUGACCAGUGGGAUCGAGGGCUCCACUAAGUGCGACUUGGAGGAUUCCAAGCUCAGGGCCGUGGCCAUCCUGGAUUUGCUUUUCGUGAUUCAUGUCCUAUUCGUGCUCCUUAUCUUCUUGGUGGUAUACGGUGCUCUUGCCAAGUAUUUGGGUGUCCGCAGCAGAUUUGGGACCUACGAAGCCCUGCCCAAUGCAGUCGUUGAUUCUAAUCACAUUCAGUUGAAGGCUAUAACCGGUACACAGGCCUGA